AUAGAAGCAUGUUUCUGAAGUCUCACGUUCAGUGCUUUGUGAAAACUUUGCGAGACUGAUCGAGUCAACCCACAACUUUUUUCUUGAAUGCUGUUUGAGACUACUUUUCAUCGCUUAUGCUGAACUUGUUAAAUGUGAGACAUGCUGUUGGGAAGUACAUGCCAUGCCAGCACACUUCCUGCAUUUGUGCGGGCACCUACCCUGAUGAUGCAGCCAUCGCUUGAUAUUAAAUCAUUUAUACCCUUUCCAAUGGAUACUGGCUCAGCUGUUGGACUCUUCCCGAAUUUUAACACAAUGGAUCCUGUGCAGAAAGCAGUCAUCAAUCACACAUUUGGAGUUUCGGCUCCUCUUAAAAAGAAGCAAAUUAUUUCAUGCAAUGUCUGCCAGCUCCGAUUUAAUUCCGAGAGCCAAGCCGAGGCGCACUACAAAGGCAGUAAACAUGCCAAGAAGCUCAAAGCACUGGAGGCCUCGAAAAAUAAGCAGAAAACUGCUCCUACCAACGACAGCACAAAGGCUAUCACCUCCUCCACCACAACCACUGCAAUCACUCCCAACAGCUCUGAAAAAACAGAUGCAGUCAGGCUGGAAUUCAACAGUGUAACUGUGAAUAAUGUAUUGAUACAUACGAAUGUAGGCACUGAGGUGCCACAACCCACUUCAGUUAUAGGAGAAACUGGAAAUCUGAAUGCACAUUCAACAAAAGCAGUAAUAUCAAUGGAAGCAGUAAAUGUUGAAGACACUGCAACCACAUCUACUGAGUCAGAGGAAGAAAAAGCAAAAAAACUUCUCUACUGUUCUCUAUGCAAAGUAGCUGUAAAUUCAUUGUCACAGCUGGAAGCACACAACACAGGCUCCAAGCACAAAACAAUGGUUGAAGCUCGGAUUGGUGCCGGUCCGAUCAAAUCGUAUCCCAGACCAGGAUCAAAAGCUAAACUUCAAAAUGGUACAAAGGGUUCAGGAUUACAAAACAAGACUUUUCAUUGUGAAAUCUGUGACGUUCAUGUCAACUCAGAAAUCCAACUCAAACAGCAUAUUUCCAGCAGGAGGCAUAAGGACAGAGUUGCAGGAAAACCAUUGAAACCUAAAUAUAGUCCCUAUAACAAACUGCAACGCAACUCAAGUAUUUUGGCAGCAAAGAUAGCAUUUCAAAAGGAUUUAAUAAAACCAUUGGCACCUGGUUUUCUGUCAAAUCCUUUUGCUGCUGCUGCAGCUAUGACCUCUCCACUGCCUCUCCACGCCCGUCCAGCUACCUCGCUGUUCCAGACCACUGCAUUAACUCCUGCCCUUUUGAGGCCAGCACCUGGACCCAUUCGUGCAUCACCUGGCUCAAUUCUCUUUGCACCUUAUUGAUUCCUUCCUUUCGUGGGACAACAUGAGGCCAGUAGAGACAGGAGAGCAGAAAACACUUUUUCCUUAUGUUUGUCCAUGCUGUAAAGUAUACAGAUUGAUACCUGGUCAUAGGAUCUUCCAUGGACAGUUGGAUCUCAGUGCUGGAAUUAUGAGAUUUUUAAUUAAUUUACCAACACCAAGUUGUGAUUUACAAUGGAACUUUUAUAGGGAUUUUGCCCUUAAGAUAUAUAAUUAUUUUUAUUGGGAGUGAGUCUGUUCACUGAUGGAAUCCAUCUACAGACCAAGAGCAAAUAAUUAAUUCCUGUUGCUGCAGACUUGAAAUCGAGAGUCUUCCUAAUAAACAGAGGUAUAUAAAAAGUUUGUUGAUGUAAAUGGACAUCUUCUGGUACAUAAUGUAAUGCAUUAUGUAGUAAAUUGUGAAUAACAUAUGAACAACUGAAUCUGUAGUUUAAAACAAUGUUGUGCAGUCAGGGAUUGUGAAAUGCUGUUACAGACCUGAGUGCAAUACUGUUGUAACUUGUGUAGUGAUAGAAUUGUUUCAGGUCUAAUUUAAAAAUCUAAUGGUAAUUUAUGUUUAAUUGCAGUAUAGGUGCUUGCAGACAUUUACAGAACAUUCUGUGAACUUUUUCUUUUACUUAUUAUUUCGUCAAGGUAACUUACCCAGUAAGUUCAUAAAAUGCAGAUAGUACUGGCUCACAAAACAUAAUUCAUGUAUUGAUGUUUUCAUUUUUGCUCUGUGUUAAACCUGUUUUACUUUUUUGGUAGCAGUUUGCCAGUUUUGCUGCUAAAUAAUGUGAACGAUGCAU